AUGCCUCUUGAUUCCAUAGACGAAAAAGAAAGGAAAUUAGAUAUUGAACUUCUGCCUCAAGCUUCGCCAAAGAACGAUAUACAUGUACACGAAGAAAGAGAUGAACUCGGUCUGGAACCCUAUAGUGCUUUUCCUAAGGCACGAAGAACAUUAAUAAUCACAGUUGUAACCUUAGCAGGAUUUUUAGGUCCAGUAUCAGGUAACAUUUAUAUUCCAAUUUUACCACUUCUACGUGAUGUAUACAAAGUUUCUGCUACAUGUAUCAACGGGACAGUGUCAGUAUUCAUGCUAAUAUUCGGAAUUGCUCCUCUAAUAUGGGCAGCUUGGGCAGAUUUUGGAGGAAGGAAGACUUUGUAUUUGAUAUCGCUUGCAUUCUUUAUUCUCGCUAACAUUCUAAUCGCUGUCGUGCCUCCAGAAAUUGGAGCUUUAUAUGCUUUACGAGUUGUUCAAGCUUUUGGGGCUUCAAGCGUGGUGUCGGUAGGUGCAGGAACUGUCGCAGAUAUUACCGAACCGAGGCGAAGAGCUACUGUUAUAUCGUAUUUUAUGUUGGGACCACAAUUAGGACCAAUAAUUGGUCCUUUACUUAGUACCAUUGCAACAAAUGGACAUUGGAGAUGGAUUUUUGGGUUUUUGGCUAUUUUUGGUCUUGUGGUAUACUUAAUCAUCCUAUUUUUCCUCCCGGAGACAUUGAGAUGCUUGGUAGGGAAUGGUCAAUGCUAUCAAAAUAAGUCAUGGUUCUUGAAACCUGCUUUGACUCAAAAAAAGCUCAUAAGAGAUAAUUCAAAGUACCCCUCACCAAUGAGACCCACAAUUAGGAGCUUCUGGAAGGCAUUCAAAUUUAAACCUGUUGCUUUGUGCUCCAUUAAUGGAGGAUUACUUUUCGCAGCCUUUUACGCGAUGAGUAUUACGUUCACAGUAGUAUUACAGGGCCAGUACAACUUCUCAGGGCUCCAGACUAGUUUAUCGUAUAUUUGUCCUGGAAUAUCUCUCAUAUCUGGCUCGUUAAUUGGGGGUAGGUUAUCGGACUUUGUCAGACUUCGAAUGUUGGAUAGAUACCAAGAGAAGUAUGUCCCAGAGCACAGAUUUCCUCUUCAGUUAUUAGGAUUACUUGUAUCCAUCACAGGAAUCUUAGGUUAUGGAUGGUGUGUCGAUCAUAGAGUCCAUGUCUCUGCUGUCUUCGUAUUUUUUUUUUUAGGAGGUUUCGGAAUGACAUGGGUCUUUGUAAUGAAUACCACAUAUUUGACAGAAUGCUCAACUGGUCAACCUGCUACCAACGUUGCUCUAGGAAACUUAAUGAGAAAUUUAGCUGCUGCAAUAUCUUCCCUUAUUAUUGAAAAAUUGAUACAAAGGAUGGGGUUUGGAUGGUGCUUUACCGGGCUAAGCAUCCUAAAUCUUAUAGGAGUUGGUUUCGUCAUACUUUUAAGUUUUUAUGGACCUCGCUGGAGAGAAGCUGCAAAGAGAUAA